AUGGCUCCCAUCAAGAACUUCCUCAUGGCCCUUUUCGUCGCUGCCGAUCUCGCAGCAGUCUCAGCCCACAGUGUCAUCACCAAUGCCGUCGGCGACGCCGGUGGCUCUGGCAUGGCCCUCGGUGUUGAUACCUCAACUCCUCGAGACGGAACUCGAAGACGCCCUUUCCAGCAGGACGCAACCCGAUUUCGAGGCCAAUCCGCUGAUACUGUCGGCGAAACCUUGUCUGCUGGUGAUAACAACAUCGAGCAGGGAACUUUGGAUAUCAUGGAAGAGACAGGAACCGAGCUCCCUCAGGUGAACCCCGGUGGUAGCCUCGAGAUGACGGUUCAUCAAGUCAACUCAGACGGUGCUGGUCCAUACACCUGUAUGAUCAAUGCCGACGGCACCGGUACAUCUUGGGAUAGCAUCGAAGUGACGACUAAUGUCGCGGGUAAUGAGCGGGGUCGCAACCGGGACGGCGAGAUGGGAGACUUUCCUCUCGUUGCUUCCAUUCCUGCCAAUCAGAACUGUACUGGGACAGUCGCAGGCGAGGACAACGUCUGUCUUGUCCGCUGUCAGAACCCGGCUCGUGCCGGCCCGUUUGGCGGUGUGAUUCCAGUCCAGAUGGUGAGCGGCAAUGGCGGCAAUGCUGGAAACGCUACUGAGGCUGGAAACACUGGCAACGCUGGUACCGGCAACGCCAAUGACAAGACCAACGAUACCACUAACGACACCACUGAUAAUACUGCCGCCGGCGGUGCCAACGGCAACGCAAACAGCAACAACAAUGACAACGCCAACGGUAAUGGCAACGAUGAUGAUGAGGAGGAUGAGGAUGAGAACGACGCUGGUACUCGCAACAACCGCCGUGCCACCCGCUUUUCCGCCUAA